AUGCGAAUGAGGAGCGGUCUCAAGUUUGCGCGUAUGGAAAGUCUGCGAGCACUAAGAGCUUCAGCUAUUAAUGAAGUCACGUCCCGGAAGAAAGAGGUCGCGGAGCUUGCUGAGGGCUGGGAACAACUGAAAGGGAAAACUAACAACGCGGCUACUCUACAGAAAGCUUAUAAGCAACGCCAGUACCGGAGUAGAUCAUGCAUUGAUCAUGUCAUAGAAAUACCAGUGGAAAAGAACCGACGAGGCACAUGGGCUUCGGCCGACAUCGCUCGGAGAGAGAGCGCAGUGGUUGGCGGGCACUUCCUCACUGAUUUGCCGUUAGACAGGAACCGAAGACAGAGCUGGCUUGCUCGCGCUCAACAUUCUCUCGAGCUCGGGAUCUUGCCGGACUCUGAUUUGGAUGAGGCGAACCGAAACGAUGACCCGAUGUCUCCUGAAGUUCAUACAAUCCUUUUUCCGGGUCAUGCAAUUACCGACGUUCCACGAGAUAAGACGAUCCGCAAUGAGUGGAUCGGCAGAGUCGACGAACAUGCCAUGGAUUCAGCCAUUAAUAUGAUGUCUGCGGGGACCGAUGGUACGGAUAAUGCUAUACCAGAAGCCAUGGUUGAAGGUGAAGUGCACCAUGAAGGUGCAUUAGAUGAUGACGAGAGUAGCGACAGCGGCACCGAGAGCGAGUCGAAGAUCCGUCGCAGCAAAACCGGUAUCAGGCUGAGGGCCUUCUCAAAAAGAAAGGCACGGUUCGCGUCUGGAUCAAGACAGCAAAGACUUACUGGUUACCGACUGAAGCAGAAGUUGGAAAUGUUCCAAACACCGCUGUGGGCGAGCGUUCCCUGUAUGAGAGAUGUAUCAUCUGAUGUCUACCCUUGGCAAGCUUGUGACUACUGCGGGCAAGGGAGUGACGACGAGGGCGGGGAGAAGGAUGAUGAGCAUGAUAUAGAGAAGAUGUCGGCUCUGUUCCUCCUUGGGGAUACAGCGUCGUCCUCACAGACACGACUGAGAAGGGCACGGGAGCAUCUUCGAGCGGUGAUGAUGCGAAAAGCUGUUAACAGCCAUGACAUUGUAGACAAGGCCAGUCUGGAAAAAGCUAAGCGAGAGAGAGCCCUGGUGUCGAGUAAAAGCAUUGGCAGCCGCUCCCACAGCUACCAUAGUGCUACAGAAGCUACGAGGAAGGGCCAUCUGAACACUUCGGAGGAGCCAGUUCUGCAGAUAUUGCAACGUAGUGCUGAUUUGAAGCACAGAGUGAUGGCUGAAUAUGAAAGCUCCCAGAGUAUCUUCACCUUCCGCACCUUCCGCACUACUACUGCUGGGGGAAAGUUCGGCGACUUUGAAUUAUGA